AUGCAUAGUGCAUACUCAUUAGCUAUCUUGAACAUUGAGCCUAAAUGCUAUGAAGAUGCCAUACUUGAACCUUGUUGGCGAGAGGCCAUCCUAGCAGAAUUGGAUGCUCUGAAUAAGAACAAAACCUGGACAUUGACUUCCCUUCUGAGUGGUAAGAAGGUGAUUGGUCGUAAGUGGAUCUUUAAGGUCAAAUAUCACCCUGAUGCUAGGAACACUGCGGUUAUUUUGGCACUAGCUGCUGUCAAGCGAUGCCAUUUGAAGCAAAUUGAUGUUAAUACCACCUUUCUACAUAGUGAGCUUGAUGAGGAAGUGUACAUGAAACCCCCCGAAGGUCUUGCGAUAGCUCCGGGUCAGGCUUGCAAGCUUGAAAAGUCUCUAUAUGGGCUUAAACAAGCUAGUAGGCAAUGGAACUUCAAACUGAAAUCUGUUCUGAUAGAGUUAGGAUAUAAUCAGUGUAAAUCUGAUUACAGCAUGUUUACUAAAUCCCAAAGUACUGGUUUUACAGUUAUUUUGGUUUAUGUUGACGAUUUAGUGUUGGCAGGGGACGAUUUGCUUGAAAUUGAAAGGGUGAAACAGACUUUGCACGACAGAUUUCGGAUUAAGGACAUAGGUGAUCUCAGGUUCUUCCUUGGCUUAGAGGUUGCUAGGUCUUCAAAAGGCAUAGCUUUAUAUCAGCGAAAAUAUAUUCUAGAUCUCUUGCGGGACACUGGCUUUGAGCAUUGUAAGCCUGCCUCCACUCCCAUGGACUAUGGGGCGAAAUUGAGCAAGGAUGAUGGAGAUAGUCUGCCUGAUUCCUCCGAUUAUAGGAAAAUCAUUGGAAAACGGUUGUAUCUCUCAAACACAAGGCCGGAUAUAAGCUUUGCAAUUGGCAAGCUCAGCCAAUUCUUGGAUUGUCCCAUAACUAAUCACUUGCAAGCGGCACAUAGGAUCCUCAGGUACAUAAAGAACUCUCCAGCAGCGGAGCUGUUCUUCUCGGCCAAUUCCGAUCUAUCUCUCACUGGAUUUUCUGAUUCUGACUUGGCUAGAUGCCCCGACUCGCGACGAUCGGUUUCAGCUUAUUGCUUCUAUGUAGGUUCCUCCCUUAUCACUUUGAAGAGCAAGAAGUAA